AUGCACUUCCUUUUUAUUCUCCUACUAUGCACCCAAUCCAUCCUGGCAACGACUAGUUUGGGCGAUCCCUCUGACAAGUUAAUCAGCACUCCCGCUGGCACCCGCUAUACGGUAGAAGCAACCGAUCACACCAAGACCGCCGAAACCCAAGCGCAGCUAAAGAACCUCUAUGGCGACGACAACGUGGUCAUCAACGAUGGCUACGACGGUGCGUCAUGGACCAUCACAUCGGAAGGCGACGACAUCACCAAAAACAUUGAAGCCCUCGAGUCGGUUCGUCUGGUACACCGGGGUCAAGAUCGUCGCCGACUAAGCCGCCGGGACGAGGAGGUUCACUACAUUGUCUUCCCCAAGUUGCCUGAUGGGAGCACUGACACCAAAGCCACCGACGAGUUUUUACGAUCCAAAAUUCCAUCCGGUUCAGAAAUAUAUCACUUCAGCGACAACGGGCAGAUCACAGCUUGGUGGGGUCUAAGUCUGGAUGCCGACGCAAAGAAGGCGGUCGAAAACCAUGAGGGUGUGGGCAAAGUGAUUGAAGAUCCUGGACUAAAUUACUCAAGAGCUCUCCCGCGUAGUGACGAGAAAGAGACCCUCACGACCCCCAUAUCAACGGCGAGGCGAAGCGCGCUGGAUGCGAGAUCUGGCAAGUGGGAAAAGCAGGAGGCCGCCGACGACUCUCUGGUAUAUGUCAGCCAAUUUGAAGGCAUGGAUGUGAAAGACAAGCACGACUAUGUUCACAUCCCAGAUCCUGGUGAGGGCAUAUACGUCUACGUCAUCGAUUCGGGUGUUAACAUAGAUGUUGAAAGUGACGACAUGGGCAAAGAAUUCAUAACAGAGAACGGUUAUAUCAUCCAAACCCCAGCCAGUCUUUCAGAAGGACUAAAAGCAGGGGACGACGAUGCCCCACUCAAGGUUGACUCCCACGGCACCAACACGGCGUCCAAAGCCGUUGGUAAGAAGUUUGGCGUGGCGAAAAAGGCUAUUCUAAUACCAGUGAAGGUUCAUAGACGAUCUGACGCUAUGGACUGGUACGAAGGUUUGAAGCUCGUCACAGCCGACAUCAAAAGCAAGGGCCGCGAAUUGAAGAGCGUUGUUCAAACAUCACGAUCUAUGGGCGAGGGUUUUGUGGCUUCGGAUGUGCCGAAGAUAUCGGCCGACUUCCAACUGGACAGACUUUACAACAAGCCGAUAAGGGAUCUGUUCGCUCUUGGGGUGCCGUUGGUAGUGGCUGCCGGGAACGAGGCAGAUCCAGUGCCACCCGAGAAAGGCGCAUUGCUCAUCGACACCGUUCCUAGCAUCUUGAAGACUCCCGACCUUCCCAUUAUCAAUGUCGGCGCUAGCAACAGGGAUCGGGGACGCGUACCUUUCUCGCAGUACGGUCCCCUCGUCGACGUGUAUGCACUUGGUUCCAGGAUCAAAGCGAUGACUAAAGUCACCAAAGUGGACAAUACUAUCUCGGGCACAUCUUUCGCUGCACCUCAAGUAGCAGGCGUCAUUGCGACAUACCUGUCACAUGCAGAAACUAGCAAGCAAUGGGACGGCUUGACAGGCGUCAAGCGGGUGCAAGAAAUCCUGAAAUAUCUCAUCAGCGACAAGUCGAGCUGGAUACAGAGCGGGGCCAAGGAUCCGGACGGCUAUGACCUUCGUGUGCUUAUCGGGUGGAGUGGCUUAUUGGCUGAUAAGCCUUGGUAUAGCGACUUGGCAGCUCUUGCCAAGACCAAGACGCUCCAAGUCCUCCUGCAGAAUUUCAUCGAUCCCAUAGGCAACCUGAAUGCGUGGGUUUUCUACACGGCGGACAUAGGCGUGAGUGCACUCUGCCGCAACGAAAAAGAUGCUGUGGGCAACUUCCCGGCGGAGGACGGUGCGGGUUUGGUGGAUAACCCGCCAUGGCCUGGAGGCUCGUACAAGAUGAAAGUUGAGGGCAUGGAUUGCGAAUACAAGAACAAUGGCAACGACGCUGGCGCGCUCUGGUGCAAUGGGAGAGAUGCGAUAUCAUGCAAAGAAGAAGAGGCAAAGGGGAAAGGAGAGAAAGGCAGCAAAGUGUGUGAGACUGGCGAUACGAGCAGGACACAGCAUCCGGUUGUUGUCCUGUCUUCGCGGGAUUAA